AUGACUGCUGAUAAAGGCCCUCAAAUCACCGCCGUGUCCUGGACCUUCGGAGGCGUGGCCACUAUCGUCGUCAUUGUUCGACUGUACACUCGGCUGCUACUGACUCACAAAGGCGGCUGGGAUGACGUCUUUAUCGUUCUUUCGCUGCUGAGUGCCAUUGUAUGUUCCGGGCUGGCCCAAGUGGGCGUACAUUAUGGGCUGGGACAGCACAUGGCCGACAUUGUCGACGCGGAAUGGAGGAUUGAGGCCUACAAGUACACCGUCAUCGCGCCCAACUUCUCAAUGGUCAGCACCACAACCGGCAAGCUGUCGGUCGUCGUUUUUCUGCUACGGUUGAUGGGUCAAACAGCCACUCCGGCAAAACGGUGGUUUUUGUACAUUUUCAGCGCGAUCUCCGUCGCCUGGAACGUGCUGGCCAUCAUUGCCAUCAUGGGGUUUUGCCGCCCCCCGCAGAAGAUAUGGCGCCCUGAGGUUGAGGGCUCAUGUUUUAGUCUGGAGUUCCAGCUGGUAGCGGGAAUAUCCCAAGCAUCAUUCAACGCUUUUGCCGACCUUACCUUGGCCAUAUUUCCCAUCCUCAUUUUCUGGAACAUACAGCUUCCCUGGAAGAUGAAAGUAGGCGUUUUAGCAGUUACCAGUGCAGGCGUUCUGUGA